AUGUGCUUUGUCGCCCUUCUAGACUCUGACAGAGACGAUGACGACGGCCGCGUUUACAGCGCCAGCAGAGAUCAAGGCGUGAAAGAUAAGAAGCGGUCUCCCCCCUCCAGCGGACCCCCGUUUGGCCCACAACGCAACCCUCACCACUGCGCCACUGCAGAGGAACACGACAGUCCAGAGAGAGCGGUGCAAAAGGAGAAGCUCCAUGCAGAGUUGAAGCAGGUGCUGAGUCAAAAGAGAAGUCAACUGAGACAGUCCACCUGCCGACUGGCCCAACCGGAAAUGGACCCGGAACCUGCUAACGAGCAGACGGCACAGAGCGCAGCGGAAGCCGCCGAGCCUCCGGUGGAAAUCGUGGUUGAGACGGAGGCGGAGGCUGGAGCUAGCGGCUACAGCGUGACCGGCGGCGGAGAGCGAGGCAUCUUCAUCAAAGACGUCCUCAAAGACUCGCCGGCCGCCAAACAUCUCAGCCUGCAGCAAGGUGACCAGCUGCUAAGCGCCAAGGUCUACUUUGACAACGUGCGCUAUGAAGACGCUCUGAAGAUCCUCCAGUGCGCCGAGCCCUACAAAGUCAGUUUCCUGGUCAGGAGGACGGUCCACGGGGAGGAGGUCGGUGCGCGGCCCCGCCUGCCCAGUGUGGACGUCAAAGGUCCCAAAGCCAAGAUGGCCAAAAUGAGCGUGAAGGCCAUCAAACCGUUCAAGGCAAAGAAGAAGCGAGGCGGUCGCUUUGGUCUGAAGAGGCUAAAGGAGAAGCGACGCGAGGAGCUGGUGAUCGAGGGAACGCCACCCCAGCUGGAAAUGAGCAAUGUGGAUGUGGAAUUUUGCCUCCCAAAGUUCAAACACAGGCGGAGCGGCCACCUGGAGGCAGAAGGGGGCGCUGCGGUGAAGGCAAAGAGGAAAAUCAGGUUUCCUCGGAUGAAGACAAAAGGUCAAACUGUUGGAAAAGAGGAAAGCAGAGGAAUGGAAGCAAAAGUGAAGGUAUCCCAAGCUGAAAUUCCCAGAGCCAAAGUGAAGGCCAAAGGAAAAGCCCCAAAGUUUGUCAUCAACUUUCCGAAGACCAAGGAUGCUACGUCGGCAUCCGUGGAGCUGAAGAAGCCGGACGGAGGAAAGUUCAAAAUGCCAACAUUGGAUGUUUCUUUACCAAAAGUCAAUCUUCCGGAGGGGGGGAUCAAAUUAAAAGGUCCAGAACUCAAGGAGAGAAGAUGGACAUUCGACAUUGAUGUUUCACUUCCAAAAGUUGAGGGAAAUUUCGAUGUUGAAGGCCCUCACGUCAAGGGAGGAAAGUUCAAAAUGCCAACAUUGGAUGUUUCUUUACCAAAAGUCAAUCUUCCGGAGGGGGGGAUCAAAUUAAAAGGUCCAGAACUCAAGGGAGAGAAGAUGGACAUUCCGGACAUUGAUGUCUCACUUCCAAAAGUUGAGGGAAAUUUCGAUGUUGAAGGCCCUCACGUCAAGGGAGGAAAGUUCAAAAUGCCAACAUUGGAUGUUUCUUUACCAAAAGUCAAUCUUCCGGAGGGGGGGAUCAAAUUAAAAGGUCCAGAACUCAAGGGAGAGAAAAUGGACAUUCCGGACAUUGAUGUUUCACUUCCAAAAGUUGAGGGAAAUUUCGAUGUUGAAGGCCCUCACGUCAAGGGAGGAAAGUUCAAAAUGCCAACAUUGGAUGUUUCUUUACCAAAAGUCAAUCUUCCGGAGGGGGGGAUCAAAUUAAAAGGUCCAGAACUCAAGGGAGGGAAGAUGGACAUUCCGGACAUUGAUGUCUCACUUCCAAAAGUUGAGGGAAAUUUCGAUGUUGAAGGCCCUCACGUCAAGGGAGGAAAGUUCAAAAUGCCAACAUUGGAUGUUUCUUUACCAAAAGUCAAUCUUCCGGAGGGGGGGAUCAAAUUAAAAGGUCCAGAACUCAAGGGAGAGAAAAUGGACAUUCCGGACAUUGAUGUCUCACUUCCAAAAGUUGAGGGAAAUUUCGAUGUUGAAGGCCCUCACGUCAAGGGAGGAAGGUUCAAAAUGCCAACAUUGGAUGUUUCUUUACCAAAAGUCAAUCUUCCGGAGGGGGGGAUCAAAUUAAAAGGUCCAGAACUCAAGGGAGGGAAGAUGGACAUUCCGGACAUUGAUGUCUCACUUCCAAAAGUUGAGGGAAAUUUCGAUGUUGAAGGCCCUCAUGUCAAGGGAGGAAAUGUCACCAUACCAAUUGGAUGUUCUUUACCAAAAGUCAAUCUUCCGGAGGGGGGGAUCAAAUUAAAAGGUCCAGAACUCAAGGGAGGGAAGAUGGACAUUCCGGACAUUGAUGUCUCACUUCCAAAAGUUGAGGGAAAUUUCGAUGUUGAAGGCCCUCAUGUCAAGGGAGGAAAUGUCACCAUACCAACAUUGGAUGUUUCUUUACCAAAAGUCAAUCUUCCGGAGGGGGGGAUCAAAUUAAAAGGUCCAGAACUCAAGGGAGGGAAGAUGGACAUUCCGGACAUUGAUGUCUCACUUCCAAAAGUUGAGGGAAAUUUCGAUGUUGAAGGCCCUCACGUCAAGGGAGGAAAGUUCAAAAUGCCAACAUUGGAUGUUUCUUUACCAAAAGUCAAUCUUCCGGAGGGGGGGAUCAAAUUAAAAGGUCCAGAACUCAAGGGAGGGAAGAUGGACAUUCCGGACAUUGAUGUCUCACUUCCAAAAGUUGAGGGAAAUUUCGAUGUUGAAGGCCCUCACGUCAAGGGAGGAAAGUUCAAAAUGCCAACAUUGGAUGUUUCUUUACCAAAAGUCAAUCUUCCGGAGGGGGGGAUCAAAUUAAAAGGUCCAGAACUCAAGGGAGAGAAGAUGGACAUUCCGGACAUUGAUGUCUCACUUCCAAAAGUUGAGGGAAAUUUCGAUGUUGAAGGCCCUCACGUCAAGGGAGGAAAGUUCAAAAUGCCAACAUUGGAUGUUUCUUUACCAAAAGUCAAUCUUCCGGAGGGGGGGAUCAAAUUAAAAGGUCCAGAACUCAAGGGAGGGAAGAUGGACAUUCCGGACAUUGAUGUCUCACUUCCAAAAGUUGAGGGAAAUUUCGAUGUUGAAGGCCCUCACGUCAAGGGAGGAAGGUUCAAAAUGCCAACAUUGGAUGCUUCGUUACCAAAAGUCAAUCUUCCAGAGGGUGGUGUCAAACUAAAGGGCCGAGAUUUCGGUGUCGGGAAGAUUGACAUGCCAGACUUUGAUAUGUCAGUCCCGAAAGGAAAGAGUGAAGGACAAAUGGAGCUCGAAGGGCAUCUUCAUAAAGGAGGAAAGUUUCAUAUGCCCUCUGUUGAUAUUUCUCUUCCUAAAAUGAAAACAACCGGUCCAGAAAUAAAUAUCGAAGGUCCUGACGUCAAAGGUGAAAAACUUACCAUGCCAACAUUUGAUGUUUCUUUACCAAGAGUCAAUCUUCCAGGGGCUGUCAAAUUAAAAGGCCCAGAACUCAAAGGAAAGACAGAAAUUCCAGAUGUUGACGUUUUGCUUCCGAAAGUUGAGGGAGACUUUAACGUUGAAGGCUCUGAUGUCAAAGGAGGUAGGUUUAAAAUGCCAAGACUUGACAUUUCUUUACCCAAAGUCAGUCUUCCAGAGGGUGGUGUCAAACUAAAGGGUCCAACACUCAAGGGAGGGAAAUUGGAAGUACCAGAUAUCAACGUCUCUCUACCCAAAGGAAACAUUGAGGGUUGUGUUGAUAUCGAAGCCCCUGACGUGAAGGGAGGAAAGUUGCAAAUGCCAUCGUUGGAUGUUUCUUCACCAAACGUCAAUCUUCCAGAGGGUGGUAUUAAAAUAAAAGGUCCGGACCUUGAGGGAAGUAAGAUUGACGUGCCAGACAUUGAUGUCUCAUUUCCCAAAGAAAAAGCAGGAGCAGAAAUAGGAAUUGAAGGAGGAACAAAGUUUCAUCUGCCUUCUGUUGACAUUUCUCUUCCCAAAAUGAAAGCAAAAGGUCCAGCGAUAGAUCUUGAGGCUCCCGACAUGAAAGGUAGACAAGUUAGCAUGCCAACGGUUGAUGUUUCGCAAGCUAAAAUUACAUCUCCAGACGUAGAUGUCACUUUGGCGGGUCCUGAUGUAAAAGGUGGAAAAGUCACCAUCCCAGCAAUGUCCAGAAUGACAGGAGAAGUUGCAGGAUCGGGUUCUCUAAAACGUGGCACAGUCAAACUUCCGACUGUUGACAUCUCCGCUCCAAAGGUGGAUCUUGACUUUGGCCGCACCAAACCAAAAGGUGACGAUGUGGAGGUGGCACUUCUUAAAGCAGAGGGAAGCAGGCCUUCUUCUGGGGGAAGUUUUGAUUUGCCUGGUGUCUCUCUCAAAGUCCCCAGUUUUACUCUUCCCAGGUUUAGUACAAAGUCCAAGGCUGGUCAUUCGGAGGUAUCGAGACAAAGCUGUGAGGGUGACAUUUCUCUCAAACCCCCAUCCAUGGAGUUGGGUUUGGAGAGAAAAGACCAGGGAGAAAAAUCUAAACUCAAAAAACCCUCCUUUGAAAUACCCAAAACAGAUGCAGAUGUGUCGGUGUCUUGUCCUGAAUUAGAUGUAGAUUUAAAAAAGGGGGGUAUCGACAUUCCGAAACCAGAUGUCAAUACCGACAUAGAAGGGAAAGGUCGCUUCCAUCCACCUGAUGUCUCUAUCAAAUUCCCAAAGUUCUCCAUGCCAGGAUUUGUUUCAAAAGAACGAGAUUUGGGAAAGCUGAGCAGUGACCUUGAAGCUCAGCCCAAGGCCAAGAUGCCCUCAGUUGAGCUAUCGCUUCCUGCCACCAAAACACCAGAAAUGGAGGUUCUCCUGCCCAAAGCAGAGGUGGACGUAACGGAGGGUGACAUCCGAACCUAUGAGGGGGACCUGAAAAUUCCCAAAAUAUCUUCAAAGAAUGAAGCACCAGAAUUUGAACUCAAAAUGCAGUCAAUAGACGUCUCAAUUCCCAAGGUACCAGAUGUUGACUUUCACGGAGAUGCACGACUUGACUUGAAGACGCCACAUGCCAACAUUGACCCACCGAAAGCGACAACACCACAGGCAGACAUAUCCAUCCCUAAAGAUAAAGCUGGUUUUCAUGCGAAGGGAGAGCAUUCAGGUCUGAAACUGAAGAAGCCAACACUUAAUAUCCAAGGCCCAAAAGGAGACCUGGAGCUGGACUUGCGAUUUCAGAAAGGCGAGCCCAAGGUGGAAGUAUCUGAUUUGGAAAUCGACAAAAAAGUCAAAGGGCCCAAAGUCAAGGGAACCAGGUUCAAUAUUGGAAUGCCGAAAAAGAAAAAUGGUGGAGAUGUGAAGGUUGCGCACGAGAUCGAGAUAACUAAACCUGGAAUCCAUGGUCCGACAUCCACAAGCCACAACGGACACAAAGAGGGAAAUAUUAAUGUCCAAAUGCCAAGUAUAAGUGUGACAAGCAAACAAGGCUCAACGUCAUCAUCAAGUCCAGUCCCCAGGAUUCCAGACAUAGACUUUGAUAUUGGCACAGCACAUGAAGAAGACGAGAACAAAUUAGGAAAGAAGAUAAAAAUCCCCAAGUUCGGUGUCCCUCUACCUUCCCUGUCCUGCCCAGAAGGCAGGAUGGAGGUAUGUGGGCCAGACCUCAAGUGUGAGGGUCCAAAAGUCCCCAAAGUCAAGAAAGCAGUGUUUGUUUUAGUAAAUCCACCUCAAUCUGACAAUGUGACAAUAAAUACCGGCGAGCUUCACGUAAAGUCGACUCUCCAAACAAAGUCCAGAGAAACAUCUGUUGACGCACCUGGAAUGCCAGUGUGUGCUAGCUCUUUAAGUUCAGCUGAUGUCACGGUCAAGGCGGAAGGUCCCAAUUCACGGUUUCACUUUGAAAAAGAUUCAAGUCCUCAAAAGGGACCAGCAGCGAGUGGAAAGGUCAAACUUCCAAAGGUGGAAUUCACUUCUCCUUAUGGCAAGAAAGCUGCAGGUCACGCCAACUUGGAAAUGACAACCAGACUAGACAAACCUUCAUUAUCGGGGGGAGACCCUAAAGGGCUCCAGAUGAAACCUGGCAAGGUUUCCUUUGAAGGUUUCGUUGAGGAGUCCUCAAAAGAAGUUGUCUCACAUCACUCCAGAGGGGAAAUGUUGGACUGGGACAGCUCGAGAUCGCCGGCUGGUUUUACCACGGAGUUCACCUCGACAAAGGUGCAAACCUGGAGUGGGGGAGAUACCAAAGAAGACCCCCAAGGGAGAGAGUCUCCCCCCUGGUUCAAAGUCCCCAAGUUCACCCUGAAACCACAUUGUACAGACUAACCUUCCCUUCCCUUCCCUUCCGUCUUACACGCUCCCCCUGCUGUUUUUCCCUCCUCACCUCGUGUCCUUUUGGCCUUGCUUCCGGGCAGGCUUCCUCCAGAUCACGCCAGAGGGAUCUCCUCGGGCACAGCGGCGAGGGGAGCUGGGAGGCGAGGCCGCCGUCUCGGGUUGCUUCUCCCCGCACGCUUCCGACGUCACCGCAUUCGACGUGUCCUCCGCGGCGGGAGGAGGC